UUGUGACACUUCACUGCACUGCACAACUGCAUUGCAAUGUAAUGGAAAAUAUAGUGAACGCAAUGCUAUAUUAAUACUACUGUAUUAGUAAUAGUCAAUGAUAUACAACACUAGUAUUCAGUGAGACAUUCAUAUAAUAUGGCAAACAUUGCAAUCAUUGUAAUCAAUGGUAUAUUCAUACGUGUUAUACAUUAAGUGGUGAUUAUUAUGACUGUGCAGUCAGUAGUGUCAGUGCGGCGAUGAUGUCCAACGAAUCCAAUAAUGAAGAACCACAAGACGAUGGCCAACAAACAGACAAUACCUGUGAAUCUCCGCCUCCACUCUCGUCGCUUUCAAUCAAAGAACCGCAAAAACCAUUAGCACUACAUUUGAGACCAACAGUGACCACAUCUCCAGCCACGCCAUGCAAAGAGCAACCAAACAAAGAGUUGCAACAAUUAAAGUCACCGCUAAAGAGUCCAAAGAGUCCCACGAGUAUAACAGCCAAGGCUUCGCCGCUGCGAUCGCCACCAAAGUUGGCUACACUAUCGAAGCCACUGUUCCUGAACCGCGGCGCCCGACACAGUAUUGACGUGAAAGCCCUGCCCUCCUAUUUGGCCAAAAAACGACAGUCAACUUUUGGGCAGUUCCUCUCUGUACUGAACCAAACAGCGCGUGACAACAGCUCUUCAUCAGAUGAGCCUAUAUUUGAGGAACCCAUAGCACCUACACUAUCAUUAGGUGAGAGAGUAGCCUGGGUUAAGACCUCAGGUCCGGAGUUUGGCUCAGUUCGCUGGAUUGGACGUAUGCCUCAAGUGACCAACGAUUGGACAGUUGGUGUUGAGUUUGACAACUGUAUUGGUUCGGGUGACGGUACUGUUGACGGGCGCCGGUAUUUUGUAGCAAAAGAUAGUUUUGCCAAAUUUCUUCCUCUAUCAGCCCUCACCAAAGUGGACAACUAUGCUGGAAGACCCCGAUCAGGAACUAUGCUCUCAAGGAUGUCAGUGCAGCUAAAACCGGGUCAACUCAUUAGUAUCCAGAGAUCUCCCAGUGUUGUUGUACAGCACUGUUCACUGAAUGCACCCCAUCAUGUGGGCCAUGACGUGCAUACAACUAACUUAAAGCACUGUCAGUGCUCCAGUUGUAACCACCCGUGCGCUCAUUUAUGUCAAACAAGUAGACCUAAGGGUAAACCCAAAUGGAUGGAUCCGGGAACGGCUCAUAUGUGUCACUUCUCGAGCAAACCGCACAGCAAAAUGUGUUGCGGCGGUGAAGAUCUUCCCUCAGCUAACAAACCAUUGACUUAUCCCGGAAGCAGUUGGUUACCACAAACAGAUGUGACAUCUCUAAAGACAGUUCCAACAGAGACGAUGGCACGGCGUAAAUCUGUGACAAUAUAUGACGAACGCAAUGCUGUUCCGGUGGCCACAAGUGCUGAACGACAACCACAAGAAUCGUUUCCGUUUCUUAAUUAUCCUCUUAAAGAGCGUCGCGGAAGUGAUCUCUCUAUUUCUAGUCUGCCAUCGAGUGGUUCUCCGCAGCCCUACAUUGCUCGAGGAGUUCUGACCGAUGAAUCAGAUUAUGACAGCGACACUGAUCGCAGUUAUCAAACAAAAUUCGGUGGUUUCGCGACUAUGGCCGAUGGAUUCAAGUCAUUGGUCGCAUGUUUUGCACAAAAUCCUUCUUCAUUGAGGGAAAAGAAACGAAUAAAAGAUAAACGAAAGCGAAAGCAUAGAAAACAAAGGCGAAGAGCAAAGAUUUCAUAUAAUUCAAGACAUCGAAGAGGUCUCAGUUCUGAUGGAAGUUAUACGGAACACGAGACAACUCAUAGUCACAAUCAGACACCCAGUUAUAUAUCUAACGGUUCAUCGCCUCGGAUGCGCACAAACGCCUCGGAUGCUGUGGCCCAACACAAGUCCACGUGUACGUCGCCGAAGCUAUUUAUGGCACAUAAUGGCGAUGAUUGUAAAGAAUUUAAAGAAAAAGAAUCGAAAGACAUGAAUGAGAGACAUCCCGACAAAGAUAGACAAACAGCCGGUGUCAUCAUCGAGGAAGAGCUGUCCAAUUCAAAUGAAAUGCGAAGACAUCGUGUGGACGACGAUGUCAUCUCAGAAGGAAAUGAAGGUCAGGACGGCUGCACAAGUAGUAGUAAAAGUAGCAGUCAUUUAAUUACAACUAUAGCUGAUAUUGAAUCGACUGUAAACCAUAGAUCCCAGUCUUCGCAAUCCAAUCUCAGCGACAGUCUCUCACCGCGCAGACGUAAGAAAACAACGGCACCGCCACCGCCACCGGCGACCACAACAAGCAGUACGAGUCCAACAUCGCUAAACCUAUCCGUUUCCUCCACAUCCCUACCCCAAACACCAACCCAUUCCACAACAGCAUCGAUGAGUGGAACCAUCAGAAGACGGUCUUAUAAGAAACAUCCGGCGCCAACACCACCCAACCUAACCCGUUCCCUAUCAGAACAAAAACAACUGAAUAUGAAGAAUAUGAUUAGUGCCGUUCCAUCCUUUAGAAGUGAAGUGGAUUUACAAGAAAUUUCAAGAAAAUCUUCACCAUUUGAUGAUAGCUUAGACAGAGAUAGAGAUGUUAUUAAUUGUUAGUGACGUUUAG